AUGGUUGCAUCAACUCAAGAGAAACCAGCAGAAAUCAAGAAAGACGCAGUUCCACCAGGAAAAAAGGCGAUUGAGUCGAAAAAAGAGGAGAUGAGUGAGGAGGAUCAGAAACUCGAGGAAGAUUUGAAUUUGCUGGUUCAACGACUCUCGGAAAACGAUGCGAAUUUGUACAAACCAUCGUUGGAAACAAUGCGAACAUUGAUUCGCGCCUCGACAACUUCAAUGACUUCUGUGCCAAAACCGCUGAAAUUCAUGCGACCACAUUAUGCGAAGAUGAAGGAGAUUUAUGCGAAAAUGGCGGAUGGAGAAGCUAAAUUGCUGUGUGCUGAUAUUAUUUCGGUUUUGGCGAUGACUUCAGAUGAGAGAACUGAUACUAUCAAUUAUCGCAUUUUGGUGAGGAGAAUUUUGGAGCUGGAGGCUUCUAGAAACUUCAAUUUUUGUACUUAUUGUUGACGUCUAGCUCUUGCAAACGACAUUAUUUAGAAAAUUGUUUCUAGUAUUUUUAGACCCGCUGAUCACGAUCGCGUUGUCAAAAACUGCAAAACUCAACUUCUAACAUGAGUUAUGACGUGGCAAACUUGGAAAAUUGGAACUCUAGGCGCAUGGAAAUCUAAUAGCGUAGAAUUAUUCAUGAAAGUCGAGUGGAAACCUUCAAAAUCACAGAUCUUCUCACUUAUGACGUGGAAAAAUUAGAAGAUUUGUGAUUUUGAAGGUUUUAACUCGACUUUCAUGAACAAUCCUACGCUAUUAGAUUUCCAUGCGCCUAAAGUUUCAAUUUUCCAAGUUUGCCACGCCAUAACUCAUGUUGGGAGUUGAGCUUUGCAGUUUUAGACAGCGUAAUCGUGAUCAGCGGGUGGAAAACUACUAGAAAACAUAUUUCUCAACUUUUAAACGAAAAUAUUCACAGAAACAUGUUUUCUUUUAGUUUUCCACGAUCCCUUGUCAAAAACUGCAAAACUCAACUCCUAACAUGAGUUAUGACGUGGCAAACUUGGAAAAUUCUUUUUUCAAGUUGGUUUUCAUGAAAAUCGAAAGCCUAGCGCUGUUCAGGAGAUCUUAGCUGAUCAAGCCUCCUAAAUUGUGCUAUACUAUUAGAUUUUCAUGAAAACCAACUUGAAAAAAGAAUUUUCCAAGUUUGCCACGUCAUAACUCAUAUUAAGGGUUGAGUUUGCAGGUAAAAGAAAAACAUGCUUUUGUGAAUAUUUUCGUUUGAAAGUUGAAAAAAUCCCUUAAAUUUCUAUGAUCUCGAUUUUCCAACCAAUUUUUCUUGCAGGGUUCACACGAGCCAAUCGGAGACUGGGGUCACGAAUAUGUCCGUCAUUUGGCCAUGGAAAUGUCAGAAGAAUGGAAAAAGUUGGCCGAACCCACAGAACCCAACCAAAAGCGCAAAACCGAAUUGCUCCAACUCACCAAAGACAUUGUCGCGCAUCACAUGAAACACAAUGCCGAAGUUGAAGCGUGUGAUUUAUUGAUUGAAAUCGAACGGCUCGAUUUGUUGUUGGAAUAUGUCAGCGAUUUGGAUCACCCACGAGUUUGCCUCUAUUUGUUGUCUUGCGCACCAUUGACACCGGAUCCGGAUAAUUUGAUUUUGAUUCGAACAGCUAUGGAGAUUUAUCUGAAGUUUAACAAGUUUUUGGAGGCGAUGCGAUGUGCGAUUAUGUUGAAUAAUGUGGAACAAGUUCGCGCAAUUUUUGCAAAAGCCACUGAUCCGUAAGUUUGUUUAUGAGAUUUUCAGCCAUUUUCAGUAAAAAUUCUGAGAAUUCUGCUUGAAAAUUGAGUUCAAAAUGUUCAUUUUCACCUAGGAAACCCAAAAAAUCUUCUUUUUUCCAGACUUUUGCGCAAACAAAUGGCCAUUUUGCUCGGACGCCAUCAAAUCUUCCUCGACUACGGUAGCUCGGAUGACAAUGACAAGUUGGCCGAACUCAACUCCAACUCACAUCUCCACGAAUAUUUCCACUCGUUGGCUCGUGAGCUGGAUAUUAUGGAACCGAAAACGCCGGAAGGAAUUUAUAAGAGCCAUUUGGAGCAUAAUCGUGAGUGUUUUGAGCUGGAAAAACUGGAAAAAUUACGAAUGUUGACCCCAAAGUUUGAAAAAUUGAACUAAAAAAUGAAAAUUUCACCUCGAAAUUUGGAAAAUUGAUGAAAUCUUGAGCUAUGAACUAAUAAAAUGUGGUUUUUCGCCAGCCAUCUGAAAAAUGUCAAUUCUGAGCUAGAUCAUUGAAAAUUUGAAUGCUUCACCAUUUUUUCAAUUUUUAAUUCAGAAUUUUCUGGACUGAUGAAAAAAUUAAAAAUUGUUGGAUGAUUUUUGGGUGGAAAAACCUGAAAGAUGGUGAAUUUUGACCCCAAAAUUUGGAACAUUCUAAUUUCAUUUAUUUUUGACCCCGAAAUUCUUAUUGAUGAAAUCUUGGUAAAAUGUGGUUUUUCAGCCAAACAUCUGAAAAAAGUCAUUUUUGAGCUAUACAAUUGAGAAUUUUAUGAAAAUUUGAAUGUUUCACCCUUUUUUCAAUUAAAAAUUCAGAAUUUUCUGGAAAAAUUUUAUGAUUUUUGUGCUGGAAAAUCAAAAUUACCCUAUUUCAUGUGUAAAAUUUUGAAAUUUCAACCCCGAAAAAAAACCUCAAUUUUUGCAGGUCCAUUCGGAAACUCGUCCCAACCCGAUUCAACCCGAAUGAAUCUCGCCGCAGCUUUGGUCAACGGAUUUGUCAACUGUGGUUUUGGCUGUGAUAAAAUGAUGGCUGAAACUGAAGAAGCGAGCAGAUGGUUCUAUAAAAAUAAGGAUUAUGGAAUGUUGACGGCAGCCGCUUCACAAGGAUUAAUUUGGAGAUGGGAUAUUGAUACCGGAUUGGCACAAUGCGAUCGAUUCUUGUAUAUUAAUGAUGAUUUUAUCAAGGCUGGAACACUAUUGGCUAUUGGUAUUAUUUCGUCGGGAAUUCAGGAUCAAUGUGAUCCGGCUUGGGCACUUUUGAUGGAUCAUGUUCAAUCGGAUAGGUAAUUUUUGAAUUUUGAACGAUUCUUUCAUUUGGAGAUUGUUUUUAGACUGGAAAUUCUGAUUAUGAAGUGAUUUUCCAACUAGAAAUUGCUCUUUGGGGGAUUUUUUACCUGGAAAUUCGAGUUUUUGGCUUAUUUUUCAAUAAAAACUGAUUUCAAGACGAUUUUUCACCAAAAAUUGCGAUGAUUUUUUGACCAUGAAAACUGAUUUUUGGUUUUUGUCUUACAUGAGGAACAGAAAAAUCCCGAAUUUUUUAUGUUUCAAAAAAUGUAUUAUAAUUUUUUGCUCGUCAUUCAAAAUAAUUUGUUUCUUCAUCUUCCUUUAUAAUUAACACGAAAAUUCUGGAUUUUUAAAUACAAAUCUGGGGCCAAAAAUUAUCAGAAAAAUGCUGAAAUUCAAAACUUUUGAUAGAGGAAUGGAAAUUUUGGGCUUGAAAUUAGAAUUAGAAUUUUUUUUUGAGCAAAAAAUUGAUUUCACACCUAGAAAUCUGGAUUUCACCAGGGUUUUCAUUAAAAAUUGCGACUUUUGAACUGGGAGCUGAUUUUUGGGUGAUUUUUUGCCACCUCCCAGAAAAAUCCCGAAUUUUGUAUGUUUCAAAAAUUUAUUAUAAUUUUUUGCUCGUCAUUGAAAAUGAUAAGGAUUUCAUAUGUAGAAGCAUGAAAAUUCUGGAUUUUAAAAUCUAAUUUUGAGCACCAAAAAUUAUCAGAAAAAUGCUGAAAUUCAAAACUUUUGAUAGAGAGAAAUUUUGAGCUCGAAAUUUGAAUUUGAAUUUUUUUGAGAUCAGAAAAUCUUCUGAAAAUUUUCCCAUUUCAUUUUUCCAUUCACUCCAAAAAUCCCAAUUUUUCAUUUUGCAGAUCAAUCAUGAGAGUUGGCUCAAUUCUCGGACUCGGUCUCGCCUACGCCAAUUCGAAACGUGAAGCUGUUGUGAAAAACGAGGAGCGUUGUGUGAUUUAUGAGCUCAAAAAAGUGCUAAUUGAUACAAAACCAUCGGCAACAUCAGAAGUGAAAGGUUUAGCCGGAUUGUCGCUUGGAUUAAUCUUGGUUGGAACUGCUGACGCAGAAGCUGCGAUGGAAAUGUUGCAAACAUUGAUGGAGAAGAAUGAGACUGAAUUGGCCGAUCCGAAUAUGCGAUUUUUGGCACUUGGAAUUGCUCUAAUCUUCUUGGGAACACAGGAUAAAUCGGAAGUGUUUGUGGAGAGCUUGAAAUCGUUGCCAAGUCCAUUUGGCCCGAUGGUUUCGACUUUGGUUGAUGUUUGUGCUUAUGCUGGAACUGGAAAUGUGCUCAAAAUCCAGAACUUGCUCCAUCUCUGCUCGGAACACUAUGAAACACCAGCGGAAGCGUCGAAAUCGUCGAAAAUCAAAUUUCCACCAGGAAUUAAACAAGGCUCGGCAGUUCCGCCAGUUCCACCAUCCACACCGAAACCGGCUGGCGCGCCUGAUAUGACACCGGCGAUGCCACGUGGAAUUGAGACGCCUGGAGCACCCAAAAAGGUUUGUGCGGGGAAUUUUGCUAUGAAAUUUACUCGAAUUUUUUACGUUUCAAACAAAAUACUCAUUUUUGAACUUGUUUCCAGAGAAAACAAAAAAUUUUGAUGAAAAAUUCACAUGAAAAAAAUUAAAUGACCGUGAAAAAUUUGAAAAUUGAAUUCUGUGCGAAAAUUUCCAGCCAAUUUUUGAAUUUUGAAAAUCUGAGUCAAAUUUAUAUUCAAAAAUUUGUGAAAAUUGGGCAUUUUCAACCACAAAACUUGAUUUUUCGCUUGGAAAAUUUUUUUUUUUUGCAAAAUUCACCCCCUCAAAAAAAACCCGAAUUUUUCUCAUUUUUCAACUUAUUUCAGAGAAAACAGAAAUUUUGAUGAAAAAUCAUUUGAAAAAAAUUGAAUUUGAAUUGAUUUCAGUGGAAAAAAGAGCCGAUUUUGAAUUUUGAAAGUCUGGCAUCAAAUUUAUAUUAAAAAUUUUGGAAAAAUUGGGAUUUUUCAACCACAAAACUUGAUUUUUCGCUUGGAAAAUUUUUUUUUUGCAAAAUUCACCCCCUCAAAAAAACCCGAAUUUUUCUCAUUUUUCAACUUAUUUCCAGAGAAAACAGAAAUUUUGAUGAAAAAUCAUUUGAAAAAAAUUGAAUUUGAAUUGAUUUCAGUGGAAAAAAAGAGCCGAUUUUGAAUUUUGAAAGUCUGGCGUCAAAUUUAUAUUUAAAUUUUGUGAACAUUUGGAUUUUUCAACCACAAACCUUGAUUUUUUGCUCGGGAAAUUCGCAAAAUUUACCCGCCGAAUUGUUUACGUAUCAAAUAAAUUAUAUUAAAUUUUUCUCGUCAUUCAAAAUGAUAUUAUUGAAAUUACCGCAACACAAUUUUUCAUUAUGAAAUUCUCAAUUUUCAGCAGCCCCAGAAGCUUCAACUUCAUCUUCCUCCUCAACAACAAGUCCAUCAAAACCCGAUUUAUCAUCACAACAAGCUGUAGCUGUAUUGGGAAUUGGUUUGAUUGCAAUGGGCGAUGAUAUUGGUGCACAAAUGGCAUUGAGAAUGUUUGGACAUUUGAUUCGUUAUGGUGAACCAGUGAUUAGAAGAGCUGUUCCGUUGGCUUUGUCAUUGUUGAGUGUCUCGAAUCCACAAUUGAAUAUUUUGGAGACGUUGAGCAAAUUCUCGCACGAUUCCGAUGCUGAUACUGCGCAUAAUGCGAUUUUUGCGAUGGGUUUGGUUGGAGCUGGAACGAAUAAUGCAAGAUUGGUGGCUAUGUUGAGACAAUUGGCUAGUUAUCAUUAUAAGGAUCAGGCGGGUGUUUUUGAGCUAGAAAUUAGAGAAAAUCGUGCAUUGAAAACCUGAAAAAUAGGAUUUUUGAGCUAAAAAUUGAGAAUAACCUAAUUUUGAAGCCAUAGGUUAAAUUAAUGAUUUUUGAAAUAGAAAAUGCCUGAAAUUACAGAUUUUCUGUUCAAAAAUCAACUUCUUUCAUCCUAAUCAGUUAGUUUUGCAAUUAUUCAACCUGAAAUUAAUUUUAGGGCUGAAAAUUGCUGACAUUUCAGAUUUUGAAUGCAAAAUUGAGCGAAAUUCAUCUAAUGUUUCAAUAUCUUUAGACCAAAAAUUAAUUUCUGGUUUUUUUACCUGAAAAUUCCAUAUCAGUCAAAAUCCUGAAAAUAAAUUUUCAGGAAUUUGUUAGGCUCAAAAUCUUGUUGAAAAUCCAGAUUUUUUGAACUAAAAAUCAUGAAAGAUGCUGAAUUUUAAGCCUAAAAACCUGAAAAAUAACAUUUUCGAGCUAAAAAUCAAGAAAAACCUGAUUUCAAAAGCCUAAUUUACUCUUUUUAAUGUUAAAAAUUCCAGAUUUUCUGUUCAAAAAUCAGCUGAAAGAACAUAUUUCAUCCUAACUAAUUGGUUUUUAGCUAAAAACCUCCUAAUUUUCUCAUAUCUCAAUAUUUUUGAACCCAAAAUCAAUUAAUUGUUUGCAGGUUUCAUUGAUGUUGGUUCGAAUUGCGCAAGGUUUGACACAUUUGGGAAAAGGAACAAUGACAUUGAAUCCGUGGCAUUCGGAUCGACAAUUGUUGUCGCCAUCCGCAUUGGCAUCACUUUUGACAAUCUGUUUCAGCUUUUUGGAUGCAAAUAAUUCGGUGAGUUUUGGAUUUUUGGGCUGAAAAAUGAGCCAAAAAUUGGAGUUUUGGGCUCAAAAUUGGACCUAGAACUAUAUUUUUAAUGUUUGCAGGUUUUGAACAAUCGCCAGCAUUAUUUGCUCUAUACUUUGGUUUUGGCAAUGCAACCGAGAAUGUUGACAACAUUGAUUGAGGAUGAAAUGAAACCGGGAAGCUUGAAACAGGUAAUUUGACUGAAAAUUGUGGAUUUUGAGUGGAAAUUUUGGAAUUUUUAUGUAAUUUUGACCUAAAAAUGUGUUUUUUGCAGUUGAAUGUAUCGGUUCGUGUCGGACAAGCGGUUGAUGUUGUUGCACAAGCCGGAAAACCGAAAACCAUCACCGGAUUCCAAACGCACACAACACCCGUAUUAUUGGCGCAUGGUGAACGAGCCGAAUUGGCUAAUGAAGAAUGUGAGUUUUGGAAUUGGGGAUUCGGGGCUGAAAAUGAGCAAUUUUGAGAGAUUUGGCUGGAAAUUUGAUGAAAAAUGAUGAAUUUUGAUGCCAUGGGGAAAUUUUGGGCUCAAGAAGUUUGAAAAUUUGAAUUUUGAAGUCCUGAUUUCGCCACGUGGAUAUUUUUUCACGAAAAAAUUAAUUAUAAGAGUUUUGGAUUUUUUUGAAGAAAGAUGAUAACAAAUUUUUCCAAAUAAAUCUUGAAUUUCUUUUAAAAAAAUUGUAAUUUCCUAGAUUUUGUUGAUUUUUUUCAAAAAUUAAAUUUUGAAUUAAUAUUGCAACGUGGAUAAUUUUUCAAAGAAAAAAAAUGUAAUCCCAAGAAUUUAGAAUUUUUUGAAACAAGAUGCUUUUUGGCUCAUAAAAAUCUAAAUUUUCUUGAUUUUUCAAAAGAAUUUUUAGGCUCAAAUUUUGUAUUCAAAAAUACAGUUUAUCCCCAAUUUUGGCGAAAAUUUGAAUUUUUCAAAAAAAAAAUUGUAAUUUCUUUACAAAAAUCUAGGUUUUCUGGAUUUUUCAAAGAAAAAAAUUAAUUCCAAGAAUUUUGGAUUUUUUUUUGAAACAAGAUACUUUUUGGCUCAUAAAAAUUGAUGAAAAUUUAAAUUUUCUUGAUUUUUCGAAAUUCAAACUUGAAUUUCUUCAAAUUUUUGCCAAAAUUUGAUUUUUUCAAAAAAUUCAAAAUUUGUUUACAAAAAUCUAGGUUUUCUUGAUUUUUCAAAAAUCAAAUUUUCAAAAUUCCCUUAUUUUGCAGAUAUUGCGAUAACACCAUAUUUGGAAGGAUUGGUUAUUUUGAAAAAGAAUCCAGAAUAUCAACCAAUUGUAGUUUCAACCAAAAAAUAAAUUAACACACAUUGUUUCAUAUUAUUUGAGAUAUCCUUUUGCCCCCAACUUUUUCUAUUUAUUUUUGUGUCCCGUUCCCCCCUCAUAAUUUAUUUUCUCCCGAUUUUUUAUCCGAUUUUUUGAGCCCCCAACCGGUGUAUUUUAUUCGUUUCAUCAUGAAAAUCUACUUUUUUCCGGUAUUAUUCGUUUUUUCCACAAGCUUUCCGCGUUGGCGGAUGCCACGUGGCAUUUUUGGAAAAUCCCACAAUUCAUAAAAUGUGUCUAGCCACCCCGCAAAAGCUCCGAAAUUAUUUUUUCUGGAUUUUUUCAUUUGUUUCGAAACUGACAUUGAAAAUGAGAUUUCGAAAAAGCGCUCUGAUUCUAAUCCUAUUUCUGAUUCAGAAUCUGGAAGCUGAGCAGCGGGAAGAUCAGGAUUCCGAUGUAGAAGAUCAGGAAGAUCCAAGACCAACUCAGGAAGAUCUAGAAGAUCAGAUGCCAGCUCAGGAAGAUCUGGGAGAUCAGAUACCAGCUCAAGAAGAUCUAGAAGAUCAGGAUGGCCUAGAAGAUCCAAAUACCAGCUCAAGAAGAUCAGGAGCCUAG